UUCAAUUCAAUGAAAAUUACCAAUUAAAUUACCUACAUAUCAAAAAUGUACAAUAUCAGGCAGCAUCCGAAUUUAAUAACUUUGGCAGUGGACCGAAUUAAUUAAUAUGACAUUAUUCUGUAGAUGCAGUGUGAAAUCAAAAUUAUAUUGAACCAAUAAACAUAUAUUUCCAAAUAGGAUAUAAAGCAAUAAUAGCAGACAGGAAGUUUUACGCUAAUUAUACUAGAUGCCAAAAGAAUGAAAGUUACGAAUUAAUGCACACAAAGUGUUUGUUAUAAAAGUUUUCAGAAUUUAGUAAAGUAUGGAUGACUACAAAUUCUUGUUUAAAGUUGUUUUAGUAGGAAAUGCGGGUGUUGGUAAAACUUGUUUAGUUAGACGAUUUACUCAGGGAUUAUUUCCCCCUGGACAAGGUGCUACUAUAGGAGUUGACUUUAUGAUUAAAACAGUAGAAGUUGGAAAUGAAAAAGUUAAAUUACAAAUUUGGGACACUGCUGGACAAGAGAGAUUUAGAUCAAUUACUCAAAGCUAUUAUAGGUCUGCACAUGCCCUUAUUUUAGUUUAUGAUAUAUCUUCACAACCGACUUUUGAUUGUUUACCUGAUUGGUUACGAGAAAUUGAGGAGUAUGCUAGUAGUAAAGUAUUAAGAAUUCUUGUUGGUAAUAAAAUCGAUAGAGAAGACAGGGAAAUACCUGCACAUGUUGGGGAAGAAUUUGCUGAAAGACACAAUAUGUAUUAUUUAGAGACAUCUGCUAAAGAAUCUGAUAAUGUAGAAAAACUUUUUAUGCAGAUUGCUGAAGAUCUUAUGAAGCAAGCGAGAAAUCGAGAUCUUCCUAGAUAUGAUUCUAAUAAUCAAACUCUCGAUGGUAGGACAUCGACCAUUAACGAUUCUAGUUGUUGUAGCAGAUUACAGUAGUUUGUAAACGCGCUUUUUUUGGGUUCCAAACUAUAUAUACAGCGAUUUAUUUCAGUAUUCCACUUGAGUAAUUGCCAGAUUUUAAGAAAAUAUUAUUUUUGUUAUAACUAGAUGAAAAGAGGUUAGAACCAGAAAGUUAUUUUGUCAUUGAUAUAUUUCCUAAAUCAUUUUUUUUUCUUUAUUACCAGAUUGUUUACAUAUGUUUCCAUAUUUUCAUAGACAAAUUAAUGUUUACAAUAAUAACAAAAACUCAAUAAUAUUUUUCGGUGUUAAUUCGUAUAAUAUUUUUGGGUAAUAUUUAUUUUUAUUCAGACUCCAUUAUUUCCAAAAAAUCCUUUUUUUGUUUUAGUAGAAAAGAGUGAUGCCAAAUUUUUUGUUAUAAACGAUAUACUAACGAUAUAAAUUGAGAUAGAAUUUAGUGUAUUUGAAAUGUAUAGAGUGUUAUUAAAAACUGGAAAAAAAUUUUUUAAUUGGAUACCUUUACCUUACUAAUUGGCUUCACGCCCCAGUGUGACCGUUGGCCUAUUUCUCAUCAAAGCUCCGUAUCCUCCAUAUUCAUUGUUUGUAAGUCUUUGGUAACUUGAUCAGUCCAUCUGUUACUGGGUCUGCUCCUUUUUCUACUGAUGUAUGUUUUGGGAUUCAUGAUUAUCUUGGGCAUACAUUUUUCGAAUGUGGCCAAACCAUCUUGAUGUUUGAGCUUUAAUGAAUAGGACGAUGUUUUCAUUACCUAGUAUUUCAUCCCUUUCUCUAUUAUUUUGGAUUCUUCAAUUAGCUUAGUUCAUUCAAAUUCCUUCAUAAUGUUUUUUUCACAAAUAUUUUCAAUCUUUUUGUGUCAACACCCAACAUUCACCGCUAUAAGUUCUCUAUUUGAGUCCUGUAGAUUUUUAACUUCGUUCUUCUUGUUAUUGGUUUGCUUUUCGGAAUCUUCAGAUUUGCAAAUUAGGCUUUAUCACCAUUUUGUAUUCAUUCUUAUAUGACAGUGGUUGUUUAUAUUUUCUCCUAGGUAUUUAAAUUUAUUAAUAUCUUUGAAAGUUUUACUCUCUAUUAGAUAUUCGGAUAUUAAAAAGUAUUAUCAGAUUUAAAAAAAUUUUUUUUUUCAUCUAGUUAUGAUAAUUUUUUUGUCUAACCCAGACUGAUUUUUUUGUUUGAAAUUGUAUUUAUCUACUUUAUACCUGACUAGUCGCAAUUAAUUAAGUUUAUAGAAUAUAUUUUUAAUAUUUAAUGCUAUUUCACAGGUUUAUAUAAUCACAUUAUUUGGAAACUUGUUAAUAUACGAGUUUUUAGAAAAUUUUCUGUUCCAAUGUAUCAAAUAAUAAAUUUUUAAAUUCAUUCAAAUAAUUCUUAAACUUACAUAACGCACCUUCGUUCAAAUAGUGUUAUAAGUGAAAAAAUUAGAAAAUCUCUUUCAUUUUACCAUUAGUGCUAGAAAACUUGAAAAUUUGAAUUAAAAUAUUGUUAUGUGAAUAGUUACUAUUACAGUAACUGCCAGUUUUUGAGUUUUCAUCAGGAAAGUGGAAAACGAAAUUAAAAUUCAAUUAUUAUUACUCUAUAGUUCAUUUUUUUUACUUAUGACACUGUUUCACCAGAGGUGUGAUAUAUUUAUUGAUAUGAAAGCUACAGAAUAUUUGGGGAUUUCCCGAUACUGAAUACUGGAUUUUAUUUCUAUUUAUAAAAUUAUUACGAUGAAAGUGUUAUGAUUUAUCUUCAGGUUUUCUAAAUUCUUAUGAAUGCAUAAACAUGUAAAUACCAAAUUUUCGAUAAUUCUUAUUGAUAAAUAUUCACUAUUUCCAAAUAACUACUAAUGUCAUUUUAACCCUCUACUGCAUGAAUUAUUAUGGUUGUUUAGGCUUUAUUUGGGGGCAAAAUUUACUUGAAAAUGACAAUUCUUCACAAAUAUACAACAAGGGGAAAGAUCAAAUAAAUAAUUUAUUAUUAUUAUUUAUUUAAAUAUAUAUUGAAAAUCUUUUGUCACUGAACGAUCUCAACAUAAUAUUUGUGGUGUUUUAUAUUGUUGUUCCCUUUAAAGCCGGUACUACACGAUGCGUUCAACGUUUGCGUCAACAUUGCGUUCGAACGAACGCCUGAACAUUGACGAACGAAUGCUGGAACCUUACCUAAACUUACUUAAAGAAUUGAAAACGUAGCAAAAAAGUGACGAUGUAUGUAUUUAUGGAUGUUGGUGUCUCGUCUACACAAACGAUCUAUAGUGUCCCCUUUUCUUGCUGCAAUACUGAAGAACCCAGUGUUUACAGUUAAUCAGAAGGUGUUAAUCUCACUCUUUUUAAAACGUCUAGUGGUGCUCUGGAGCUUCGUAGUGUUUCACACUUCGAGAGACUGUAGAUAGAAGGUUUCGUCCUUAUAUUAUCUUCUAAGUCUAGCGUCUUCAGGUGAUCGUUGAGAGUCUUUGUUUGUCUCAGUCCGUGUAGAUUGUUCCAAUAAUUGGUUUUGCUCCUAUCAACCUUCUUUUCCAUUGCUUUUUCCAUUGUUGUGUAGCUGAUACCACAGAAGAGCUCAAGUCCCAAGAAGGGCUUGUCUGUCCCUGCUUAGCUCGUUUAAUUUUUCUAGGCAAUCCUAAACGAGUUUGGAUUUUAUGAUAUUGGAGCCUAGAGCUUUAAUAGCUGCUUGUCUAUCGGACAGGAUGAUGAUUUCCUGUUUGCGAUAGUUCCUCUCUAGAUUGAACUGGAUACAUUUUUUUAAAUUUCACCAGCGUACAACAGAUAUAAGUUUUUUUGACAUAAAUUGGAUGAUAUUGGCGACUUUGAUGUUUCAUACAAAACACGUAGCAUUCACGCGCAAAAAUACAAGAAGUGUGUGUAGUUGUAUCAUAAGUGUUGGUUCCAAUUUCGUUGCAAUUUCUUUGACUCUGUGAAUAAAAAAACCGACUUUUCACGGUCAACGUCGGAAAUAAAAAAUUGGUCGAAUGACAUGCGCACUAUGACUACAAGAUCCAUCCAAAAGUUGGAAGCGUUUGACGCAUCGUGUGAUACUAGCUUAAGAUAGAUGCGAUAUUUAAAAAGUAUUUUUUAAAUCACGUGAUUUUUUUAAUAUAUUAAUAAAAUUAUUCCAUCACAUAUUAUUUUUUUACAUGAUUAUUGUUAUAAUUUCUCGCAUUUAUUUUGUUUCUUAUUAAUUUACAUUUUUUUUACACAUAUAUGAAAUUAUUUAUACAUUUAUAGUAGUGAUACAUAUAUAACAUUGUUAUUUUUUUUUAAAUAUUUGCUACUUUAAAAGCUUAAAGUAUGUAAAUAUAUUUAUUUCAGCACUAGUAUGGCACUAAAUUGUGGUGUAGGUGGUUGUGUUUUAUUUUUUUAUAUUGUUAAAAAACCAAAGACUCGUAAGAAAAUUAAAAAUUGUAACAUUCUAUAAAA